AUGAAUCCAGAGUAUGACUAUCUGUUCAAACUGCUGCUGAUCGGGGAUUCUGGGGUCGGCAAGUCAUGUCUGUUGCUGCGUUUUGCGGAUGACACCUACACUGAGAGCUACAUCUCCACCAUCGGCGUGGACUUUAAGAUCAGGACCAUCGACAUGGAGGGCAAAACCGUCAAACUGCAGAUUUGGGACACGGCAGGUCAGGAGAGGUUUCGAACCAUCACCUCCAGCUAUUACAGAGGAGCCCACGGCAUCAUCAUAGUCUACGAUGUCACCGAGCAGGAGUCCUUUAACAACGUGAGGCAGUGGUUGGAGGAGAUUGAACGCUACGCCUGUGAGAACGUCUCUCGACUCCUCGUCGGGAACAAGUCGGACCUCAUCACUAAGAAAGUAAUCGACUGCGCCACCGCUCAGGAGUUAGCCUCCUCUCUUCGUAUCCCGUUCAUGGAGACUAGUGCUAAGAAUUCGGGCAAUGUGGAGCGAGCCUUCCUGACCAUGGCCUCAGAGAUCCACAAACGGCUAUCCAGUGAGGGGGGGAUGCACAACGAGACAGCCAAGGCCCACAGCACCAAGAUCAACAGCGCCCCCCUGUGGCCCGGAGGAGACAAGCAGGCGCAGGCUCAGGAGGCAGGCAACUGCUGCUAA